AAGCAUCUCUACUGCUACGGCCACCAAAUAUGCAAAGCGGAUGGAUGUGAUGCUUUCGUGCUGAUCGACGCUGCGAAUCGUGCGGCGAAGUACUGCUUUAAGCAUUACUGCGCGGUAUCUCCAGGGUGCGGCGGGGUACGUGUUGAGAGCGAGGGCGCGCAGGUAAUCCUUUACAUUGUGCCGACCAUGAGCCAUGUGAAGAACCUGGGUGUGAGGCCUUUCGUAUGAUGAAGGGGCGGGGAGAGAGGUCGAGACGUUGUGAGGAACAUUUGACCACAAAAUGCACUUUCCCAACCUGCACCCUCCUGACACUACCUAGCGCCACCGCAUGUCAGUACCACGUAUGCCGCGCCAUCGGCUGUCUCGUAACACUUUCACCCGCUCUCUUUUCCUCCACACCUACCAUCCCCUCUCCCAACUUUCCCCUUCAAUUCCCAACAACAGCAACAAACCCCGCCGUUGCGUUAGCCCCAUCAUCUCCAUUCUGCGACGCGCAUCGGUGUAUCGAACCCGGAUGUAAUAAUCCCAGUCUCAACGCCAUCACCACAACAACCAUACCUACAACAUCAACAACAACAGCCGGUGUAGCAGGAUUAGGAGGUGGUGGGAUGUACUGCAUAGAACACGCCCAUCGCUUAAACCACCGACACACAUAUAGACACGGACAUCCCCACCGGACCUGCCGCCACCACCACGGGCUAUGUUUCAGAGCGUCUGCAGGUGGCGGUUGUGGCUGGCCUGGAGAUAGUGGGGGUGGAUCUGAUAGUUCCGAUGAUAGCGAUGGCGAUGAUACGGUAACAGACCAUGGUGAUGAAUGUGGAGGGGGUGGCGGUGGUGAUGGCGGUGGGGGCGGUGGGGCUAUUAGUGUAGAUCUAGGGACGUGUGUGCAUUGUGCUGGUGGUGGCAGUGAUUGUGGUAGCCAUGGUAAGAAGAAAAGCUGUCAUAAGUGCGCGUAGUAGUGAGGGUAAAUCGGGUAGAGGUGGGUAUUGUCGAUAGAUUCAAAAAUACGUUGAAUUUCGUAGACAAACUCAUAGGGCGUCUUCUCGUCCAUCUUAAAGCAAGCCUCCUCGAGUUGCUGUUCAACGGGAGAAAUACCUGCCCGUCGAUCCCUCCUAAUAUUCCAAGGCCAAUCUUCAGCACGUCACCGAAUUACAGCCAGCCGCAAAUAUCACAACACAGCCCAUCAAAUACACUAUACAUAAUCCCAUUCA